AUGAAGUUUGUCACGAUUUUCUCUUUACUUGCCGCUGUUGUUUCAGCCGCCCCUGCGCCGCAGCCGACUCCUCCGGGCAUCCCGAGUAGGUCGACUGCUCAGAGCUAUCUCAAUUCUCUGACAGUUGCUGCCUCGUACGACGAUGGGAAUUACAACCGCGACUUGUUCCCCCACUGGAACACUGUUAGCGGGACCUGUAAUACUCGCGAGUAUGUCCUCAAGCGCGAUGGCUCCAAUGUCGUGACGAACUCGGCCUGCCAGGCUACUUCUGGCACAUGGUACAGCCCGUAUGACGGCGCUACGUGGACAGCAGCAUCAGAUAUCGAUAUCGAUCAUAUGGUCCCCUUGAAGAAUGCUUGGAUUUCUGGCGCCAACACCUGGUCGUCCUCGAAGCGGUCCUCCUUUGCCAACGACAUUAAUAGCCCACAGCUCUGGGCUGUCACUGACAGUGUCAACCAGUCUAAGGGCGACAAGAGCCCUGACAAGUGGAAGCCUCCUCUCACCACGUUUUACUGCACCUAUGCCAAGAGUUGGAUCACGGUGAAGUACAACUAUAAUUUGACCAUCACAUCUGCAGAGAAGUCUGCUCUACAGAACAUGAUUAAUACGUGCUAA